AGAUGCUUCACUUGGAGAGGAGCUGACGGUGAAGAGUAGUGAUAUUAAAGCUGGACCGCCUCAAAGCGAAGUGAUCGAUGUGCUAAUCGGAUCUCAAGAAUGACUAGCUCCUAUCCGCCUGCCGUCGAUAUCAGAGCUUUAGCCGAAAUCUUGUCUAAUCCCGACGAAGACCAUGACGACGACGACGACGUAGAGGAAUCGAAAUCUGACAGGAAGAACGCAGGGGCAACACCGGGAACAAUCGGGAGUAAGUCCCACGGCAGCGUUAAAUCAAGCAAGAGGAGACACCGUGCCAGACACCCAGCAGGGAACAGGAGAAACAAGGAUAUUCUAGGUGAUAUAUGGGACAUAGACGAGAUACGCUCUGAACACAUCGAGGAACAAUUUGACCCAAGAGCGAAGCCAGAGUACGAAAUCACCUACAGACAACGUUUGUCUGCAAACAACGUUUAUUUACCGAUGAGUAACCUGGCAACCAACGGCCGUGGGGAAGAAGAUCUGGUAGUCCGGGUGAUUCUACCUGGAGACCUGUUGACUGAGGUGACUCUCGAAGUCACAUCCUCCACGCUGAACCUAGCGUCUCCGAACCACCUCCUCCACCUCCCCCUGCCGCGUUCAGUCGACCAGAGCAAAGGGGUCGCUACGUGGGAUCCCUCGACUCACACGCUCAUGGUAACGCUGCCUGAACUAGACCAGCCACUGCUGACUCCUGCAAAGCACCAGGACAAAUGAAAACACGACCGACUGGUAAGAACAGAAUGUGGGGAGAUGGAUUGUAGGCAGACCACAUGCUUGCUUCUUUGAAACAAAAUUAACUUUUGCAAUUUUGGGGAAAUCGCCCAGUCGUAAUGAUAAAUUCAGAAGUCGAGAUCAUUCGCAAGCCGAUCUAUUAUUCUUGCAGUAGAGAAAAUCAAGGUUAAGACUGAAAUGCAAAAGACGUACUAAUGGACUUCAUUGAGAGAAAAAGGUGAGAACAUCAGAUAAACUGAUGCUCUUGGUAAAUAAUUAUAAGUUGAGGCCAGAUGCAAUAUCAGCAUGCAUGAGUUAUCAUAGUAAAACUAGUUUAAUAAAUGUUUAGCAUCUUUUUGAAUUCUCUUUCGUGAACUGCUCAAGAUAUGCCCACUGCUCAAGACAAGACCAGUGCUCAAGAGAAGCCUUUGCUCAAAACAAGACCAGACUGUAAGAAAAUUGUAUCAGAAGAGUACCCCUUUCAGUGAUGACUCACGGAAUACCGAGAGGAGCAAACAAUUCCACGUUCUGGAGUGAGUGGAAUGGAAAACACCCGAAUUAUAAUUAGACACUCGUUAGUUGUUGUAGCUAGACAUUCACAGAAAGCUGGACAGAUCCUCAUUGUCAGUCACUGCCAUUUUUAACGCUGUUUUGCAUCGCUGUUGACAGAAUUGCUCAGGCUCAGCUGACCAGCCGUGGCAUCCACGCCCACGUAACAAUAACUGGACGUCCAUUUAUUGGAAACCAAUUAACACAGAAAGGAAUUCUUUUGAUGUAUCAUUUGAUUUGCCUCAGUAGAAAAAAUACAACUUUAAUUAUCCAUCAAAGGACAGCGAGAUGACGAAUCCCUUGCCUUAAUAAAGCUUAUAGCAUCUAGUCAAGGCUAAAUAGUGCAUAAAUUGAACUUAUAUAUAUUAUAUAUAUAAUUUCCUAAGAUGAUGAGUCGAUUUUUGUAAUCUCUGGAAUUGCUUUUAUUGAGGAUUUUCGCAGUAAUUGCCGCUGUUCUCGGAUUUUAUUUUAGUUAGGGUAAUAAACCCUGCUUCGAGGCAUAACUUGGAUAAUUAGAGCAAAUAUAGGUACUAAAAGUUAGGCCGAACCGCUAAGGGAUGCAAACAAAUUCCUUUGGGAAUUAUGAAAGCAUAAAUCUAAUUGAGAUUGGAUAUCCUAACAGUCUUGAAGGAGCCAGGUAUCCCGUAGACGAAAUGAGAGACAACAUAAAAGGAAUAAGCUUUACAGGAUAAUAAACACCAAGAUACCUGAGGGAAGAGAUACCUGGGAGAUGGUAUAGUAGUAGUAGUAGUACCUGACGAACAAGCUAUAUAUCCUUCAGAAACCCGGAAAUGGGAAACACGAGCUUUAGUGGUAAAGAAUUAGGAUCUCUCACAGGAGGAGAGAAACUCAAAUAUGUUAGAUUUCCUCUUGAUAUGGGAGAGAAUUCUUUUUCAAGCCGACUUACUUAUUAUUAUUUUAUUCACUUAUUUAUUUAUUUUUUGUUUUGGACGAAAGAAAGCCUCGGGUGCCAGCAAAAGAAAGCAUACGCUUCUAAAGGUUUAUAUGUAUUUUUUUUGUGUUGUUAUGUAGAGAAGUAAUCAUUAUAUGCAAUUAAAUUGUCAGUGUUGUGUACCAGUGACGUCACCACUAUUGUAACAUUAGUCAUUUUGUUAAGAAAUUCACAGUUUCGUGAAAACAAAUUGUUAAAAAAUAUCCACAAUUAUAUAUUAAAAAUAUACUUCUAUGUAAAAAUAUAUAACAACGACUUUCGAACACCUGAACGGUGUUCCUCCUCAGUGAACGUUAAGAUGUAAUGGAGAGGAUAGUUUCCUCCGAAGAGCAUCUAAAAAGAUGCUCUUCGGGAGGAAAAUAUCCUCUUCAUUACAUUUUAACGUAUCGAAAGUCGUUGUUAUAUAUUUUUACAUAGAAAUAUACUUUUAAUAUAUAAUUGUGGAUAUUUUUUAACAAUUUGUCAUUUUAUUCUUUUAACGUGAUUUAGAGUUAUAGUUUGUGGAUGGUGUUGAUUUCAGGCAGGUCCUUGCACUAAUACGAUAAGUAUCACCAAAACACCAAAAUCACUCAUGAUAUCAUAAGCCAUAUAUAUAUUGACGUCAUAGAGAAAAUAUGUUCAUAUAAUAUGUAAUUUUAUCUGUUUUAUCUUGCACGAUAUAUUAUCCUCCUGUUGAAUUUAUCAAAGUGUUUAUUGAUGUUCCAGAGUACGAAAUUAAUUUAAUUAGAGAUAAUGUGAAUUUGUAGCCAAAGGCAGGCACGCAUACAAAUAUACGAUACAAACUGUAUUUCUUCAAAUAUAAAAAUACCGAGUGAACACAGUUAUCAGUCAAGUUUAUUGCCAUUAAAUUAGAUUGUCUGUCUGAUAGUGAAAUGUCAUUCUUUAUUCCUGUCAUAAAGCACCAGGUUUAUCUAUAAUUCUUCUGGUCUGUUUUCUGCUAUUUUAUUUCACAACCUUCUUGUAAACCAUCUUUCAUAAGUGUUUUACUUGACUCCUAACCCAGCAUCUCAGUAUAGUCUCCUUUCCGGUAUCGAAUGUGAAACUGGAGUUUAAACUACUUCAGGAUUAAAAAAAAAAAAAAAAAAAAAUUCACGGAAACUGAUCUCACGAUAGUAAUGGCUUAUGACCGCAGGAUGCGGGUUGCGAUCAAUACUUUCUACUUUACUAACUUUUAAGACAACUCGCGACUUCUUCCAGGCUGCGUUAGAUCACGAGGAAUCAUUUUCCUAUGAAGACGGAUUCCUUUGAACACGUGGGUGGGUGUACUGUUCCUAUGCGUAGGAGGUUUUCUUUCUCUUUUCGUUCCAGUAUUUUGAAACAGAUUAUUC